CGGAGCGACGGAGCGCACGCCCUCGUGCUCCGCAUCCCCAGUCCCCUUCUCUCGCUCCUUCGACGCCGCCGCCGCCUCCCCAGUCCCCAGUAAAAUUAAUGCGAAUGAUGCGUCCGGCGGCGUCCGAGGCCCCGGCGCACGUUCGCCCGCCUCCCCUUGCUAAGGCCGGCGCUCCCUCUGCCUCGGUUUAUUUCCUCCAUUGCCGGCUCUGCCGGGUGGACCCACCAGAUCGGACCUCGUAGCCGGCCCCGCCGCGGGAGCUGCACCGCGGCCCACGACGUCGCGGAAAGCGGCAGCCUGCGUGUCGCGUCGACCACCCCGCUGUUCUGCCCGAGAGCUGGCGUGUCACGUUCGCCUGGCAGCGCGAUGGCGCCAAUGUUCUGCCCGAGAGCUGGAGGCGUGGAGGUCAGCCAUGAGCCACGGCGUGACCCCCGACGUGGUGUAUGUGUGCGGCUGCCCCCACGAUGCUACAGUGUCUACCGCCUGUAGCGCGACGCCACCAGGGACCAGGGCCGCCAUGGCCACUUGGCCAGCAAAGCAAAGCAAAGCAAAGAAGAGACAUACCCAACACCUGACAUUGUAUCAAUUGGUGAUGUCCCCGGUCGAUGCACUACAAACUCCCCCAACACCCGAAGAACAGAUCACCGACGACGACCUCGGUCAGUGGGGAAAACAAAUGAAGGACGCAGCGCAGUGAUCUGAAUCAUUCCACUUCAGAGUUCGUUCAGAUGCAUGGAAUGGAAUAGGCAAACCGCAAUGCCGAGACAAUGGCACGCAUGCUGCUAGCUGGUAAGUCUCAGAAGACCGUGUUGGCUGUCUCUCCAGGUACAGUAUCAGUAUGCUUGUCCAGGGCGGCUGUUUCACACCACCACCAGUUGUCUCUAGAUUAUCACCUAAUUUGAUGAUUCAAUAUGGUCGCGUUGCUUAAGAUCAACGGGAGGUGAAACUCUAGGUUCUGGCCUUGUUUACUGACACCCUCUCCAGUUGGCGACUAAAGUUUGCCCCUUCUUCCACACUGUGAUCAAAAUCAUCUAUCUCAAGCAAUUUGCCAAUCCUUGAAGCACUCUCACUGUGCAUGAGAUCCUAGGAAACUAAUCUUUGGCAAAUGGCAAUGGACAGACUUUGAGAUCUCCCAGGCACAUGACAUGAAUGAAUAUGCUAGAUUAAGCCAAUAAAAAAAUUGCCGGGGACCUGCCUAGUUGUAUGGAUUAAAGUACAGGUCCAACAAUUCUUCUAUGAAUAGAAAGAGGAGGUAUUGGAACUCUGCUUUGACCAAUAUAAUGGAGUACACAUGUCUCUCUGAAGGCCUAUAAAACUACCCUUCCUUUGUCCUGCUUUCCCUCUCCUUCCGUUUCUGUUAGUUUAAUGACAGACAUACCUAAAAAGCAAGCAGGGCUGAACAGUUAGUUAUGCGGCCGUUAAACUGUGUAAGCUUCUUGCUUGGGCUGGCCGUCGUCUCGGACACCCUUGGCCCCUUCGUCGCCAUCGCGCAUAGAGAAUUACUCUCAGUAACUGGCAGCAAGGGGGGAGCAGAUAUCAAGCUGGAACUCAGUGUUGGCAAGAUCAGGACAGGUGAGGAGACCGCCAGAAGCAACGUACUGACAGGUCGAAGGCUGGCUUUCGGAGAUGCAGUCAUGGAGCAGAAGGAAACAGAGAAUUCCGGAAUCAGAACAGACUCAGGUGCAAAAUAUGCUGUUGGAAAAUGCGGACAUGGAGGAGGGAAGGACUUAAGUAUGAAUUGUAGCAAACAUACACCGAAGGUUUACUUCGAUGGACACAUUCCCUUCACUGCUGAUUACCGUUCACCCCGGAAACACCCUCCCAAGAACAACUAGAAGUAGAUAGGGUAUACCCAUGUAGCAUAUAACUAGCAUGUUUUCCUCUCAUUUUUCUUUUGGUUUGCCAUCCUAAAUGUCGAAUAUGGCUUUUUCCUUCUUGUUAGAUACAUGUGUUUAGUUAUGGCUAAAAAAAAUAACUGGUCCUUCUCCUCC